AUGCGCUCUUCUCUACUAGAUUGGCUAAGGAAGCCCUCCUUCUGGUGGCCGGGCAGAAGGCGGCCGGCUGACUGUCACACAGCCAGCGCUUCCUCGGCUGGGCCGCCACAUACUCCUGACGACGGAGACUAUUCGCCUUCUCCUGCAGACUAUCCUGUGUUUCCUCCGCCUCCGCCUCGGUCCAUCUUGGAGAAUCAGACGCAAUACUGGGAGGGUAUUACCGCGCGCAAAUUCGGUGCUCCAGAAGGCGUGUUUGAGGAUUCGUCGUUGUUUGCUCUCUAUCGACUCUACGAGUUCCUUGUUCUAGAUCACGUCAUCGACUAUCGCAACUGCCUUGAGGCGUUCUGGCGACAGCGUAAUUGGGCUGUUCAAGACAUUCCCGACCCAAAAGACGGGGAUGCAGAGAGAUAUGCGUUUCUCGCGGGAUGCACGUUCCUACUCUUGCGGUCAUUCAACGAGCGUGUUGCGCUUGGCCUACGGCGCGAUAAUCCAUCUUUGAUCACCCCUGAAGAGGCUGAAGCAGCUAGAAACGUUCCAGACCACUUGCGGCCAUGGGAAAAGGUGCCAGAGUGGGCAGCAGCCGUGACUCCAUUGGAGGACACCCUCGUGAUUCCGACUCUGAAUGGCACUCUUCUGACGGGUAAAAGCGACUCAAAGGCCGACCCAGACUUUCUGGAAAAGAACAUAUUGCUGUGGAAACCACAUAUAUCUUUCACCUGA